CAAAGAAAGCUGGAAGACGUAAGGAGCUCAAAAUGUCCAUCGCCCAGAUCGCGGCCAAGGCCAUGCUGUCUGACGCCCUGCUGCAGGGCGGCCCCGCGCUGGACCGGCUCAGCCACCUGGAGCUGGAGCUUCCUCUGGACAAGGUCAUCAAGUUUGUGUCUGUGGGCCUGCCGCUCAUGUUGGUGGGCAUGGCCUUCACUCGCGAGAUCUCCCUGGGGCCUCAGAUCAGCUGUUUCCCUCCCAGCAAUUUCACGAUCAAACAGGCCAGCUAUGUAGACACGUACUGCUGGGACUCUCUGAUGCAUCAUGAGUUUGACAGCGAUGGGAACUUUGAAGAGCGCUCACUCUGGGUACACAAAAUGUUUCCCUACUCUCUAUUGGCCAUGGCGGUAUUGAUGUACCUGCCGGCUCUGAUCUGGCGCCAGCUCGUCAUGCCAACACUGGGCUCCGACCUGCUUUUCAUAAUUGACGAACUGGACAAUUCUUACAACCGCUCCAUUCGAAUGGCCCAGAGCAUCAUUGAUAUGCGUCAGAACACAAAGAACCCGCUCACAUUUCAGGCCGAACUGCAAAGGGCCAAGAAGAAGCGAUACUUUGAGUACCCUCUACUGGAGAGGUACUUGCGGUGCAAACAAAACUCCUAUUUCCUUGUUAGCAUGCUUUUCUUGAGGGGCUUCCUCCUUCUGACCUUCAUGACAGCUGCCUGUCUCUACCUGGCCUACUUCCACCUCUCCGCCUUCCUGCAGGACGAGUUCAGCUGCUUUGUCCGCACUGGAAUGCUACGAGAUCAGAACUGGGUUCCUGAACUGGUUCAGUGUAAAAUGAUUGGCCAGUUGGUUUUCCAGGUGAUAAGCGUGGCCAAUGGUGCCAUUUAUGUCCUGUUGGCUCCUAUCGUCCUCUUCAGCAUGAUUCGCCUCUUUGUCUGGGACACCACCUUUAUAUCUGUCUACGAGAUCCUCCCGGCCCUUGACCUCCUCAACCGCCGGAGACUGGGCUGCCCACUGAACGACCUCAAUGUCCUGCUGCUCUUCUUGCGAGCCAACGUAGCUCACCUGAUGUCCUAUGGUAAAGUGAGGGCACUGUGCUCCCUGGCUCCCCCACAGGUGGGCAACACCACUGCAGGGCAGGGCUUGAAUGCAAUGCUUACCCAAGAGGAGAUGGAAGAGCGUGAAGAGGCUGCAAUGGAGCUGGCAGAGGAGGUGGUGGAGGCCAAGGAGGAAGGGAAACUCAACCUAGUCGACAUCAUGACUAUUCUGGGAGCGGCGCAGGGAAGAGUGGUCAACUGCAGCGAGAAGAGGCCUCUAGUGGAGGAGAAUAUGAGUCUCGAGCCAAACCACCAGGGGUACCACGAGUUGAAGGAGACUACACCAUUUAGUCAUUACUAAGCCUCCUAUGGAUUACAUCAAUGUGAUUACAAAACCAGAAACACUACAGUAGUACUGUUCCUACAAAGACUGGGGACACCAAUCAAGGGCUUCUACAAUCCAAACACAACACAAAUAACCUCUUUUAGAAUUACAGGGCAAAUUGUUCUGGCUACAAAUGAAUGAAACAAUAGAAGUGGAUUUGUCCGUAUUCAGCAUCUGUGAAUCUGAAUUGUUUAGGAGGCCAGUGAUGGCGAGAAGACAAAGAAGGCUUUUUAAAUGUCGUUGUACCUAUACAAUGACAAUAAAGGAAUUCAAUUCAAUUCAAAGAGAACGCAAGUGAAAGUGGCUAUUAUGGCGUGAGAACAUAGAGCACAAGUAUCAGUAAAGUAUGUCCAUACAACACAAAUAUUUGUGAUCAUGACCUGGUUAGAUUGAACAUUUGUGAUAAAUAGGAGUUAUGCGAGUAUGAAAUAUUUGUGUAUGUCAGAUAUGAGACAGAAAAACUUCUGUCAUU